GUCGCAUCGCACAUCGUCGUCAAGAUUUUCUCCGUCCCAGAUGUUGAGGAAAUCACAAGUCUGCAGCAUGGAGGACAGGUGCAUAGCCUGAGCUACUCGCCCAGCCUCGGGAUGCUUGCGGCAGCUGGAGGCAUUGAUGUCACGGAAUCGGGCCUUCUCAGCUACAGCAGCAGCAGCUUCCGAGAAAAAGAUCCAGGAGGAAUGAAGGCGGUGGUCUGGAAAGGAUCCAGCGAAUUCGCUGCAAUUUGGGAUGAGGUCGGCGCCGUGAGUUACAAGGACCCCUGCCAUGCCGCCAGCUUUUCACCGUCGGGCAAAGCUCUGGCGUUGGGCGGCGAGGACCGGACGAUCUCCCUGCUCUCCGUUGAGAAAAAGUUUCGACAGGUGGAGCAGCUCCCCUGUGGCGCCGGCAUUCGAUGUCUCGCCUGGGCGGCAAACUCGCGGCUCCUAGCUUCGGCUGGGGAGGUCAAAAGGCAGGGCCAACGGGAUCCGGGUUCCAGGUCUGCCGAGCCGAAGUCUGGCCAGGGGCCUCCGCUCUACAGGCCGCAGCAUUACUACGAGUCUCCGGCUGGCAUCCACAAGGUUGACUCGAUCCUGCGGCACCUGCAGCAGACGGAGAGCCAUGACUGGGUGGGAGAGAUCACACACUGGGGCACGCAGGUCUUGUACCUGUUGCUGCAGAACUACAACAUCACGCGCCUGAGCAUCCAGAGCAGCAAUUUCCAUUUGAUAUUUCUUACCACAUUCUUCUUCGCUCAACGCAUCUGGUUUUUCCUCUGGCGGAUGACGCAGUUCUCGGAUGCUCAUGGGGUUCGCUUUGCGUGUCAUCUCACCCUUUUCUUCGUCACCGUGGAUUCCCUGUACUGCGGCCUUACGCUCGCCAUGCAGGACUCGCUUGCAGGGAUCUACUUGGCGCUGCCCUUGCUGCUGAGUGUGCUCUUUUAUCACGGCUACUUGAAAUCACAGACCAACGUGUUCACUGCCGAGAUCUUCAACAUGCUCAGACGGUGCGGGUACCACAGCCUUGAAGCUGCCUACUGCAUCGGUGUGUUACCUCUGAGGUUUGUGCGACACGACUACAUCUACUACGAUACCUCCCGAUGUGCUUUCUUGACGUUCCUCGUCACGGUGCACAUCUUCCUCAGCUUCUUAUGUCUGGAGCUGCACUGCUUGGGGUCCGAGGCGCUUCAACAGACUCGAAUGCUCGGCGAGUGGCGAAGGAUGUCGGAACUGGCUCCAAAGCACGCGAAACCACAGGAGUGGUCGAGCCACAGCUGUCCAUACCCUCGAGGUGCUGUCGUCUUGUGCAAGGGGCGGUACUACGAAGCUCUGGCUGCGCUGAAUACCGUCAUGCCCACGAGCCCGCAGUCCUUGAUUUGGCCCAUUGCCUACAUCCUCGGUGACUCGCAGCGUGCAAAGGCUUUUAUGUUGGUUGCCCUGCUCAUGCUGAAUGUGGUUCUGGUGCAGCUGGUGGUUUGGUCCAACCAGUGGAUCAUGUAUGCAAUCAUGAUCAUUCCCAACAGCAUCCACUUCUUGUAUGUCAA